GGAGGACCGAUACGACCCGGUGGGCUCGACUCUUCUUCCCUGCAGCCUUAAACCCUCCAAAGGCGGCCGCCGCCUCCUGCUCCCCUCUCUAGGGUUUUACCCUUCCGCCGGAAAACCAAACGCCGCCAUCCUCGCCGCCAGCGGUCGUAGUCCUAUCCCUGCGCACUGCUUACCUCCGGCUAUGGUGACAGCAGCUGGGAAGUCCUCCGCCGCGACGGCGGCGGGUAAGGAUGGCGAGUACGCGACGCUGCGGGAGCUGUACCGGCCGCACAUCGAGUCGUUUGACUACUUCCUUGACGAGGGGCUCGACAAGAUGCUCCUCUCCAUCCGCCCCAUGGACAUCUCCCACCCCUCCUCCUCCGACACCCUCAGAAUAUCCUUAGAGAAGGGUCAUCUGCUUCCACCACUGAGGGAUGUUCGGAUGGCAAAACCACUCUACCCGCAGGAGUGCAGGCAAGCUAGAAUUUCGUAUAGCGGUGAAUUCAAAGUGGACACCCUCUUCCAAUUUAAUAAUGGGGCACCAAUGAGGCAAACCUUCAAUUUUGGUCAUUUGCCUAUUAUGUUGAUGUCGAAACUUUGCCAUCUAAGAGGUGCUGAUUCACGCAAAUUGAUUUACCAUGGGGAAGAGGCCACUGAAAUGGGCGGGUACUUUAUAAAUGGUGGGAUGGAGAGACUUAUCAGGAUUCUUGUUUUACAAAAGCGUAACUAUCCUAUGGGCAUGGUCCGGGGUGCUUUUGAGAAACGCGGUCCUGGAUACACUGACAAAGCAGUGGUCAUAAGAUGUGUCCAACAGGACCAGACUAGUGUGACAGUGAAGUUGUAUUACCUCCAAAAUGGAAGUGCAAGGCUAGGGUUUUGGUUGGGAGCCAGAGAAGUUCUCCUUCCGGUUGGGAUCGUUCUCAAGGCCCUUAUUGAUACAAGUGACCGGGAAAUAUUUGCAAGCUUGACAUGCUGCUACAGUGAUAAAUAUGAAAGAGGAAAAGGAGUUGUCAGCAAUCAGCUAAUUGGUGAAAGGGCACAAAUAAUUCUCGACGAAGUCAGAGCUCUGUCCCUCCUCACACGCACGCAAUGCUUGGAGCAUAUCGGGCAGUACUUCCGUUCUGCAAUGGAAGGAUUUGAAAAAGAUGAUUAUCAAACUGUUGCUGAGGCGGUUCUCAAGGACUAUGUUCUUGUGCACCUGCAAAAUAACCAUGCAAAAUUUAAUCUAUUAAUAUUUAUGCUGCAGAAACUUUAUGCCCUUGUAGAUCAAACUGCUUCACCUGAUAAUCCUGAUGCACUUCAAUACCAAGAAGCUCUCUUGCCUGGGUACCUGAUCACAGUUUUUCUAAAGGAUAGGAUUCAAGAUUGGCUGCGAAAGUCUAAGCGCUUAAUUAUUGAAGAGGCUACAAAGAAUAAAAGCUUUGAAUUCGAUAACUCACAGGAGAUUAGGAAAUUUCUUUGUAAGCAUUCAACAUCUGUUGGCAGAGCUAUUGAGAGUUUGAUAAAGAUUGGCAGAGCUAAUUCACAAUCAAUGUUGGAUCUGCCACAGAGAGAAGGGAUGUCCAUUCAAGCUGAACGACUCAACUUUCAUCGUUAUAUCUCACAUUUCCGUUCUGUCCAUAGGGGUUCUGCUUUUGCUAAAAUGCGCACGACAACUGUUAGGAAGUUGCUUCCGGAGUCCUGGGGUUUCCUGUGCCCAGUUCAUACACCUGAUGGGGAGCCUUGUGGUUUACUGAAUCAUAUGACUUCCGCAUGCCGUAUUUCAUCCUUCUACCAUUCAGAAGGUGCAAUGAAGGAUUUUGAGAAAAUAAAGGACAGACUUUUAGCCGAAUUGGUUCGUGGUGGGAUGAUCCCAUUGUCACCAAAGAUGGAGCAUACUGGUCCCCCGGAAGUCCUACAUGUCCAUUUGGAUGGAUGCAUUGUUGGUUCUAUUGGUUCUGCUAAGAUUGAGGAAUUAGUUAACUAUAUUCGAAGAUUAAAGCUACUGGCACACCCAGCGACUCCGGAGGACUUAGAAGUGGGCUAUGUCCCCUUGAGUAUCGGUGGCGCCUAUCCUGGUCUCUAUUUUUUUACAAGUCCUGCAAGAUUUGUUCGACCAGUAAAAAAUCUUGUUAGUCUACCUGAUGGAGAGCCACAUAUUGAGCUUAUUGGAGCAUUUGAACAGGCAUUUAUGGAGAUACGAUGUCCUGAUGGUGGGGAUGGUGGGAGAAAAGAAUCGUUUCCUGCAACACAUGAAGAAAUUCACCCUACAGCCAUGCUCAGUGUAGUUGCAAAUCUGACUCCUUGGUCUGAGCACAACCAAAGUCCUCGGAACAUGUACCAAUGCCAGAUGGCAAAGCAAACCAUGGGUUUUUGUGGCCAAGCUUUAAAAUUUCGUACAGAUGUUAAGGCAUUCCAUCUACAGACCCCUCAGUCACCAAUUGUUCGAACUGCUACAUAUAAAAAAUAUCAUAUGGAUGAAUUUCCAUCAGGAACUAAUGCUAUUGUUGCGGUGCUAUCGUACACAGGUUAUGACAUGGAGGAUGCCAUGAUUUUGAAUAAAUCAGCUGUUGAUCGUGGGAUGUUCCGUGGAGAUAUCUACCAGACCGAGUGCAUUGACUUGUCAACAACAAGGAGAGGAAGUGUUGCAGAAAUAUUUGCCAAGAGUAGUCUUUCGAGAGACUCUAGCAGUGUAAUUGAUUCAGAUGGCCUUCCUCGGGUUGGAGAGACAAUAGUUCCAAAUGAGCAAUAUUACAGUACAUAUAACACACUCACUGGUGCAAUAAGGCCAACCAGACUAAAGGGCACGGAACCAGCAGCUAUUGACUAUGUUGCUGUCAACGGGACAAACUCAAAAGGUUCCCUGCAGAAGGUAAAUAUCCGUCUGCGCCGCAAGAGAAAUCCUAUAAUUGGCGACAAAUUCAGCAGCAGACAUGGGCAAAAGGGAGUUUGUUCACAGUUGUGGCCUGACAUUGAUAUGCCUUUCUCUGCAAAUACUGGCAUGAGGCCAGAUCUUAUCAUUAACCCUCACGCGUUUCCUUCAAGAAUGACCAUAGCAAUGCUUUUAGAGUCUAUAGCAGCGAAGGCUGGAAGUCUACAUGGAAAUUUCGUUGAUGCAACACCUUUUGCAAGCUCAGUCAAAGAGGGCGACGGAAAUCCUUGGAAACCGAAAUCCAUUGUGGAUGAAAUGGGUCCCAUGCUUGCAUCCUAUGGGUUUAAUUAUCAUGGAGUAGAGGUCCUGUACAGUGGCCUGUUUGGCACCGAGCUUACCUGUGAGAUUUUUAUUGGACCUGUUUAUUACCAACGUCUUCGUCAUAUGGUCUCGGACAAAUUUCAGGUUCGCACCACGGGCCGCAUAGAUCAAGUAACAAGACAACCAAUAGGAGGAAGAAAACAUGGCGGAGGGAUUCGGUUUGGUGAGAUGGAGCGUGAUGCGCUCCUUGCUCAUGGGGCUUCCUAUCUCCUACAUGACAGGCUCCAUUCCUGCUCGGACUACCACAUUGCGGAUGUGUGCUCCCUCUGUGGAAGUCUCUUGACAGCGACGGUAAUAAAAUCCGAGACGCAAAUGAAAUCCAAGCGCAACAUGCUUGGGGUCCAAACUGUGAAACCUCCAAAGAACCUGGCGUGCCAGGCCUGCCAAACAAACAAAGGAAUGGAGACAGUUGCAAUGCCGUACGUUUUCAGGUAUUUGGCCGCAGAAUUGGCGGCCAUGAAUGUAAAGCUGGAUCUUCGGCUCAGCAACAGGACAGAAUCCCAUCCCCAGCAAUGAAUCCUAAAACUGGAAGGUGUAACUGAUUUAUGGGGUGGUAAUUGGUUACUUGGCAGUAGGAGCAUGGAAGGUUGGGGCAUGCUAAAUGUAGCCAUGUGGCGAAUCAGGACUUUUCCAUAUUUUGCUUUAGAUGAAAAAUUACAUCUUGUCACAGUUUUGGUUUUUGUUUAGAGAUUUUUGUGCUAUGUAUGGUCUAUAUAAGAAAAGAAAUUCUGGUAUUAUUAUAACGUAUCAGUAAAUACUGUUCACGUCAGAUUUUGAAUUGGAUACAUUGACGUCA